AUGUUAAGGAAACUUCUUGAAAAUAAUGUAGAUAUUUAUGAGAAAGACAUUCAUGGAAAAACAACUCUUCACUAUGCUGCUGAAAAUAAAUGUACUGAUGCUGUUGAAAUUCUUAUUAAAUAUGGUGCAUAUUUAAACUCUCAAGAUAUUUAUCAGCAAACCGCUCUUCAUUAUGCAGCAGGGAAAAAUUGUAAAGAGAUAGUGGAGCUUCUCGUAUCUAAUGGUGCUGAUAUAAAUGCAAAAAAUGUUAAUGGACAAACAGCUCUAUAUUAUACUGCUAUUAAUGAUAGUAAUGAAAUUGCAGAAUAUUUAGUCUCCCAUGGCGUUUCAAUCAACUCACAAGAUCAAGAAGGGAACACAGCGCUACAUUAUGCAAUUCAAAACUGCAACCGAGAUGUUGCUGAAGUACUUUUGGCACAUGGUGCAUAUGUUAAUUUAAAAAAUAAAGAUGGAUGUUCUGCUAUUUUUUAUGCAGGUAAUAAAGAGAUAAUAAAACUUCUUAUUACUUAUGGUGCUGCAUUGAAUUUAAAAGAAAACAAUGGACUGCUUCCCAUUCAUUAUGCAUUAGAAUCUAAUAAUAUCAAAGCAGUUAAAGGCUUUAUCAAGAAUGGUGUAGAUAUCAAUGUAGUAAAUAAAUAUGGAGAAACUUUACUUUUCUAUGCAGUAUACCGUAAUUUCUCUGAUAUGACAAAAUUUCUCAUUAAAUACGGAAUAUCUAUCAAUGCGAUAGAUAAAAAAGGACUAACUAUUCUUGAUCAUGCAAUAUGGAACUUAUCAUAUGAUAUGAUAAGACUUCUGAUAAGUUUUGAUGCUAUAGGAAGUUCAAAAGGAUAUGGUCGGAACAAGUCACCUUCUAAUUUUAAAGAUUUCGAUAUAUUUUGA